AUGAUUCGGCUAAAUGUCAGUUACUUAUAUGGAAAAAUUAUCAGGGUUGGCGGAGGGACAUCUAAUAUGUUGGCUCAUCUCAAGAGAAGUCAUCCACAGGCAACAGUGCCAGUCAAUCCUGAGCAGCAUGCCAUCAAUGACAAGGAGCAAUCUAUCCCGCUCACGUCAAAUAAUACUGACCAAGAGCAUCCACGGAAAACCUUAAUGCAAAUCAAGUUGAAAAUGAAUAUGGGGAAUAUCAAAAAGGAAAUAGAUGAAUAUCUUACAUUGAUGAUCGCCACCAAUUUCUAG